GUGUCGGGCACAGCACAAGCAAAUAGGAUAGGAUUCAAAGUUUUAUCCGAAGAAGCUGUUUGCUUAUGUUCUUCGAGCAAUGGCGUCUUCAAUCUCCACCCACCACAGUCUCUGCUCUCUCUUCACUUCGGAGAAGCGGAAUGCCAAGCUCUCCACUCCCUUCUUGUCUUCGCCCGCUAGUGGGUUGUCUUCAAGCUCCAAUUUUUCCCUCCAGUUCCCGAAGAUGAAGCAACCCCAGCUCCUCUCUCCUUCCCGGAGGUCCCUCUCCGUCAUCGCGAUGGCUCCCCCUAAGCCCGGUGGCAAGGCCAAGAAAGUGGUUGGGUUGAUAAAGCUGGCCCUGGAGGCGGGGAAGGCCACCCCUGCUCCACCUGUUGGGCCUGCGCUGGGUUCGAAGGGUGUCAACAUUAUGGCCUUCUGCAAGGAUUACAAUGCCAAGACUGCAGAUAAAGCUGGUUAUGUCAUUCCUGUUGAAAUUACUGUCUAUGAUGAUAAAAGCUUUACUUUCAUUUUGAAGACACCACCUGCUUCAGUUCUGCUCCUUAAGGCCGCAGGAGUAGAGAAGGGAUCGAAAGACCCGAAGAUGCAGAAAGUUGGAAAGAUCACAAUCGAGCAAUUACGCGCUGUCGCAGCUGAGAAGCUGCCCGACUUGAACUGCACUUCCAUAGAGUCAGCGAUGAGGAUAAUAGCGGGUACCGCGGCUAACAUGGGAAUCCACGUUGAUCCCCCUGUUCUCGAGCCCAAAAAGAAGCAACUCCUCUAGUUUCCUAGGUAGAUAUCUCCUUGCCAUUCUUGUAAUUGGCCGUCUUGUUUUAAAAUAUUUACGGUGAGAUGUAUUGUAUUCAUGUUUAUCAAAUCCGCGCCUCCCAAUUUUGAAGUUUGCAGCUGAACAUGAAGGCUUGGGCGAGAAUCUAUAUACAAAUAUUAAAAGCUAA